UCUGACUCAAGGUGGUGACUGGGGCAAUGUGGAAUCUCUGAAACUUGUCUUCGAAUUUGUAUGAUGUGUUCAUGUGUUUUGUAAUUUCCUUCGUUUUCUCGGGGACCAUUGAAACCCCUGCAUAUAUAUUCACCAAUCAAUUUUCUCCUUUUUAGGUUUUUAUCGUGUGUAAAUUCCCUUGGAAAAUCCUUUUUUUUUUUUCUUCUCUUGAAACCGCUAGGGUUUCAGAUUGAAAUCUGUAUCGAAACGAUCUACAUUCGAUUCUUUUGUCGAUUCUCCAUCUCUCUCAUCUUUCUAGUCACUGAAUCGUAAUAGCUCGAAACGGUUCUCUUAAUUUGCUUCGUGCCCAUUUUUAAUACUUGGUAAAAUUGUGAGGUUGAACAUUGGAUUCGAAAAGCAACCUUGAGGAAUCAGAUCUAUCUGGGUUUACUUUGAAUCGCUUUAGAUGUGUUGGGCAUUUGUGCUCUGUAGCCAGUCUUUUAGUCGGUAGACAGAAAAAGGCGAUUCGGAUACUUAUUGGUGAUUUUAUAGGCGCGAAUUCUGUUAUCGAGGUGCGGAGAGCAGAAAAUUUCAAAAUUGGGCUUGAAUUAUCAUCCAAGGUCAGGCUCAAAAUUUGAGAAUUUGUUGUUGCAUCAUAAAAUUGUGCGAUUUGGUACUUGUGAUGGAUGACGGUGAGCUUGAAUUCUCGAACCAAGAAGUGUUUUCAAGUCCAAAUAUGGGUGAUUUACCGGGCUGUUGCUCAAUGGAUAGUUUCUUUGAUGAGCUUCUUAAGGAUACCCAUGCUUGCACUCAUACACACACUUGCAACCCACCUGGCCCGGAUUUCUCGCACACCCAUACUUGUUUCCAUGUGCACACCAAGAUUCUGCCUGCUUCGAAUGAGGAAAAGGUUUCCACUGAUGACACUGCAGAGUCUUCAGAGAAGAAGCCAAAGAAACGCCCAGUAGGAAACCGAGAAGCUGUUCGAAAGUAUAGGGAGAAGAAGAAAGCAAGAGCUGCUUCGUUGGAGGAUGAGGUUGUGAAGCUGAGGGCUUUGAAUCAGCAAUUGUUAAAGAGGUUGCAGGGUCAAGCUGCUUUGGAGGCCGAGAUUGCCAGGCUCAAGUGUUUAUUGGUGGACAUCCGUGGAAGGAUUGAAGGAGAGAUUGGAUCCUUUCCUUAUCAGAAGCCAGCCAAUGUAAACCUGCCUGCAGCAAAUAUGCCCGGUGCUUAUGUGAUGAAUCCCUGUAAUAUGCAGUGCGAUGAUCAAGUUUAUUGCCUCCACUCUGGAGUUGAUGGGAGAAGUGGAGAAGUUGUGUCCCUGAAUGGACAAGGCGUCAGCGGUUGUGAAUUUGAACACCUUCAGUGUUUGGCAGGUAAUAACUCAGGAAUUAAGGAGCUUCCUGCUUGUGGAGCUGGAAAUGCAGCAACCAAUGUUAGUUCUGGUGCAAAUAAGAGAAAAGGAGCAGCCCGUGCAACAAUGGCUGGUUGAAGUGCUUGUUCAGUUGGCUUUUUUCCUUUCUUGCAAAGGAACAUAUCAUCUUCCAGUUAGUAGUUCUGUUGGGUUGUGGCAUCAGCUUCCCUCAGGUCGCUCUGUAUUUCUUUUCUUUGUUUCUCUCUCUUUAUUUUUGCUGUCCCAAGUCAACUGAUGUUGGGUUCUUAAAACUGGCAUGGCUUUCUCCAUCAAGCUCAAAUUUGUUGAAUUCACUGCUAUAAUUGAUUUCUUCUUGUUUAGUUAUAGAUCAGAAGUCUAAAACAACUCCUUUUGUAAGUGGGAGAUUCCAUGAGCGGAGACAAAUAGUCUGGUUUGCCAUGAAGCUUCACCCUACUCAAUAAAGCCAUAAGAAAUCUUUCUUGCAAUAACUGAAGGCUACUGAAAAAACUGCCAUUUUUUUGUCAGUUGCUUCAAAUGGUUUUUCUUUAAGUAUGAUGAAAGUUACACUUGAUUGAAGUUUGGGCGAGAUCAAUUUGAAAAGUACUUUCUUUUGAAUGUGCAUGACUUUUGAUUGCUGAAUUACAGAAUCUAGGGAAGGUGGGAUAUGUCUUUGAUGUUCCAAAACUCUGAGCGGUGUGAACAGGAAGCUGGCUGUGGAUCUUGUUUAAGGAAAGCAUUGCCUAUCAUCUGAGGUUUUUGCCACAAGUUCUAGUGAAACAACUCAGUGGGAUGGAUCCUCCUGCAUUUCAAUGACUCUCAAUUGUUCUUGGUGGUAUAACAGUGUUUAGACGGUUCCCAUAUUUUCAUAGGGAGAAUUUUGUUUUGGAAAAUUUAUUGGCAUUUCAAUGGAAUUUUCAAGUCAAUAUGGUGCAAAAUUGCAAAUCA